AUGUCCACCCCCAAAAUAACGCCCAAAAACCUAUCCUACAACACCUCCCUCCCGCCCUUCCUCGCCCGUCUCCAGGCCAACAACGCAAACACCUCCGGGCGCCAUGAAUACACCAUUGCACGCGCGAAGAAGAACCGGACGGAUGAGGAGAUCGCAGAUGACGAGCCUGUGUAUUUUAAUGAGGAGACGGGGGAGACGUUGACGAUGGGGGAGUGGGAGGAGAGGGAGAAAGAUGGGGAGGAGGAGAAACCCAAUGUAGAAGAAACCCUGGACGAGGAGAAGGAGGAGGAUACGCAGGAACUAGUCAAGGCAAAAGAAGAGAAAGUAGCAACCAUAGGCGCGACCAAAAAGCGAAAAGUCGGGAAGGUCAUAGGCGGGAGUGAAGAUGAGGGCGAGGCGUACGUGAAAGCAAAGAAACAUGUCACCGGGAAAGCCGACGACACGAAAUCUGAAAAGAAGACCAUUGGUGAUAGUGGGGCCAAGAAACCCGCGACGGCGAAGAAGAAGGCGAAGAAAGUGAAACUGAGUUUUGGGGAUGACGAGUGA